AUGAACCGCGCGUGCAGUGGUGGCAGGAGUGCCGCACAGCUGCAACGACUCGCUCGGCUCAGCGAUGAUAACGCCUUUGUGGAUGUGGAGGCGCUGCUGAAGCGCAUCGGUGGCGAAGGCGCGUGGGAGGGUACUGCGGGCGACGGUGGUGGAGCCUUUGACGGGACAGCUUCGCCUAUCAUCGGAUUGCCCUGCAGCAGUGGGGGAGGAUCGGCGUUUGGCGCCACUGCGGCAGCGGCCGGCUCGAGGCGAGGGCAGGCACGAAAAGGUACGCGGGCAUCAGAGGACGCCCUUCUCAAGGGCGCACGCAUCCCGCUCACCGCGAGUCUGCAGGAUCAGCACAAGGCCUACUUGGAAUCGGUGCGCGCGGCGGCAAAGGAGUGGGAGAUGAGUUGGGUGGGUAGUGGCGAUGACGAAAGCGCCGCAAGCUCUGUGGAUGAGGAUGGCAAAGGCGUCGGUAGUAGCAAGGGCGUGCAGGCUGCGGAAAGGCAUGGAUUCGGCCUCAAGGCGAGGCGAGGAGGCCCGCAGGCAAAGUUGACUUCAGAAGAGGCGCUGUCGCCAACAUCUACUCCAUCUUCGGGGCCCUCUUCUAAGCUUGUGACGGUAACGUCUGUUCGACGAAGCCUUGCGGAUAGCACUGGGGUGCCGAGGAAGCGUCCACGCGGGGCACAGCGCGCCAGCUGUGACACAGCCGAAGCCGAAGCGGAGAGGAAUGUGGACAAUGCGGUGCACUUGGCGAGGCCAGAUCCAUGCAGCUCACUUAUAGCAAAGCUGAAGGCAGAGCUCCGACUCGUUCGGCAGUGGGAGCGCACCAUGCUGGAGUGCCCCCCACAGAUAAUUAACGGCGUUCUCUCUCCUGAGUCGCGCGCGCCAUGGGUGCAGACGACGUCGACUUCACGCAAGGCAGAUGCGGCGACGUCGUCGGGCGAGGCGAAGUACAUUGACGACGACGACGACACAGAGGUACUGCCGUACCCUCUGCUGCAAGUGUACUGUCUGUGCCCGAGCUACGAGGCACUCACAGCGGGGCCAGUGCACAGACGCGACGUCGUACGGUGUGCGACGACGGAGGAGAGCCAGGGACACGAAGGGAAGCCUCGAAGAAGUUUGGCCUUGACGUCUCCCAUGCCAGCCGAGGCAUUCACAAGAAUCGUGCAUGUGGCCGGCUUCACGUUUGCCGUGCCUGGGCAUGCGUUCGCCCAACGAAAACGCCGUGGCCGACGUAAUCAAAAAAGCUCAAGCUACGCAGGCGGGUUGGCGAGCGGCGGGCAGGUGGAUUUCAUGGACCCAGGAAGCGAGGACGCAGUACAAGGAGAGCGACAACACCAUCUUUGUUCGGUAUGUAUGCUGCCUGCGUCAUACCGGUGUUUGCGCUGUCGCACCGCCCUGUUCUGCUCGAUCGACUGCCACGUCCUGCACGAUGCGACGCGAUGCUUGAAGUUCACAGUAUAA